AUGUCGGAGAAUAAGGUGCAUUUUCGGCAUAUUUUACUUUAUUACUUCAAGAAAGGCAAGCGAGCUGCGGAGGCCCACCGAAAGAUAUGCGGCGUAUACGGGGACGAUGCCUUAACAGAACGUGCCGCUCAGAAAUGGUUUGCCAAAUUUCGUUCCGGAGAUAUGAGUCUUGAAGAUGGAUCCCGCAGCGGUCGGCCCACAGAAGUUGAUUCGAAUGAUAUCAAGGCACUGGUUGAGCAAGACCGGACGCUAAAGCGAGAGAUUGCGGAGACACUUAAAAUAGAUUAUGGAACCAUUCAAAGACAUUUGCAACAGCUUGGCUACGUGUCCCGCCUCGAUGUUUGGGUGCCGCACAAGCUGACCGAGGAGAAUCUGGCCAACCGCAUGUCCAUCUGCAAUUCACUUCUAAAGCGGCACGAAAGCGACCCGUUUCUCAAACGAAUAGUGACUGGCGACGAAAAGUGGAUCAUCUACGACAACAUAGUGCGCAAGAGAUCAUGGGGAAUCGCUGGCGAGCCGCCGAAUGUCACCCCGAAGGCCGGCCUGCAUCCGAAGAAGAUUUUGCUAUCCAUAUGGUGGGAUCAUCGUGGUGUGCUGUUUUACGAGCUGCUUCCUCAGGGAAAAACGAUUGAUUCGAAGGUCUACUGCACGCAGCUAACGAAAUUGAAUCAAGCAUUGCGACAGAAACGUCCAGAACUGGUCAAUCGCAAAGGUGUCAUAUUCCACCAUGACAACGCCAGACCCCACACCGCAAUAAUCACUCAGCAAAAACUCCCAAACUCCCUCAACGGGAAAUCGUUCGCUGAUCAGACAGCUGUAAAAACGUACCUCGACCGAUUUUUCGCCUCUAAGCCUCAGACCUUCUAUGAGAGCGGAAUAAUGAAAUUGUUGGAAAGAUGGCAAGAAGUCAUCAACAAAAACGGAGAAUAUAUCAUUGAUUAA